AUGUCAAGCAUCACACCAACAGUCAACAAAAUUCAACUCAAAGAUGGCACGAAAGUGUUUUAUAGGGAAGCUGGAUCAAAAGAUAAACCAAUUUUUCUAUUAUUACAUGGUUAUCCAACUUCAUCAAUAAUGUUUAGAAAUUUGGUCCCAUUAUUAUCUCAACAUUACCAUGUUAUUGCCCCAGACUUACCAGGUUUUGGAUUCACAGAAACUCCCAAGGGUUAUGAUUAUAGCUUCGCCAAUAUAACUGAUUCAAUUGAUGAAUUUAUUUCAAUUUUGAAAAUUGAUUCAUUUAAAGUUUAUAUCUUUGACUAUGGUGCACCUGUUGCAUUCAGAUUAGCCUUGAAGAAUCCAUCAAGAAUCACAGGUAUUGUUGCACAAAACGGUAAUGCUUAUGAAGAAGGUAUUGAUGACAGAUUUUGGGGUGCAUUGAAACAAUAUUGGGCCAAGGGUGAUGAACAAGAUCCAGGUUAUGUUGAUGCAUUAUCAAAGUUUAUUGAAGAUAAACAAAACAUUUUAUCACAAUAUUAUGAAGGUGUUUCUAAUCCAAACGUUAUUGAUCCUGCACCAGCUGUUUUGGAUGAAUUCUUAUUGAAAAGACCUGGUCAAACUAAAAUUCAAUUGGGAUUGUUUUAUGAUUAUCAAAAUAAUAUCAAAUUAUAUCCACAAUUUCAAAGUUUUUUAAGAAAUUCAAAAGUUCCAGUGUUGGUUGCAUGGGGUAAGAAUGAUUAUAUAUUCACCGUGGAAGGAGCUGAAGCUUAUAAGAGAGAUGCUUCUAAAUUCAAAGCCAAAUACUAUGAAACUGGUCAUUUUGCCCUUGAGACCCAUGUUGAAGAAAUAGCUGCUGAUAUCAUUGAUUUUUUCGUCAAAGAGUGA